GGAAAGCAAAAGCCAUUCUCGAAUGAUGCUUGCCGUACCCACUUCCCUCCUUCUUUCCCUUUUAUUACCCGGCUACCUCCACUGCUUUCUUCGGUGCUUUCUCUCUAAUGUCGUCCUCAUCGUCGGCUUCCGAUGAUUUAGCGAAUGAAGGAGAGGAGGGGGAGAUAAACAGUGGCGACCUGACUGCGCUUCAGAAGCACGUCGCCUUCUUUGACCGGAACAAGGACGGCGUCAUCUAUCCCUGGGAGACCUUCCAAGGGUUUCGUGCGAUCGGGUGCGGCGUUGCCUUAUCCACCGUGAGCGCCGUCCUAAUUAACGGCUUCAUCGGCCCCAAAACUCGCCCUGGAAAAGUACCUUCACCCCUUCUCCCUAUCUAUGUAAAGAACAUUCAUAAAGGCAAACAUGGAAGUGAUUCGGGCGUCUAUGACAGUGAGGGGAGGUUUGUUCCAGAAAAAUUUGAGCAGAUAUUUAAGAAGCAUGCUCGAACUAAUCCUAACGCACUGACAUCGAAAGAGUUGAAGGAGAUGCUUCAGACGAAUCGAACUCCUAAGGACUGCAUGGGGCGGAUUGCUAGCUGGACAGAAUGGAAGAUCUUAUUCACUCUCUGCAAGGAUAAAGAUGGAUUGCUUCACAAGGAUACCACAAGAGCUGUUUAUGAUGGAAGCUUAUUUCUUGAGAUGGAGAAGGCGAGAGAGUCUUCUCAAAACAAAGCAUGAUGGUCGACAACCGGAAGAAUGGAUGGUGUGGCAGUUUGACUUACACGCAAUUUGAUAAAGCUUCUUUUGUGUCCCUUCAAAAAGAUAAGCUUGUUGUGUGAAGUAUAUUUCAGAAUGUUGAUUGAUUACUAGUUUGCCUUGUGAAUCUGUAUAUUCCAAUUCUGUCAAAAUCUUUUCCCUCUUGAUCGAAUAUAAACAUCCAUUAAGGAGCUCUAGUUCCAAUAUGUGACAUGGCAUGUUGGAAUCCUAAAAAGUUUUUUUUUACCUGA